AUGAGUUGCAAAGAAUCAGAAUUGUGGUACAAUGCCAUGAAGGAAGAGAUGAAUUCUAUGAAGAGUAACGAAGUCUGGGAUCUUGUUGAGUUGCCUAAUGGUAUAAAAGUCAUUGGAUGUAAAUGGGUCUUUAAAACUAAGAAAGACUCAUUGGGCAAUAUUGAGAGAUACAAGGUUUGUACAAGACCUGACAUUGCAUUUACUGUGGGAAUGUUGAGACAAUAUCAGAGUGAUCCAGGUUUAGACCACUGGAGAGCUGCAAAGAAAGUAAUGAGAUACCUUCAAGGAACCAAAGAAUACAUGCUUAUGUAUAGACGGACGGACAAUCUGGAAGUAAUUGGCUACUCAGAUUCUGACUUUGCUGGUUGUAUUGAUUCACGCAAAUUAACAUCAGGAUACAUUUUUUUGAUGGCUGAUGGAGUUGUAUCAAGGAGGAGUGCAAAGCAGACUUUGACUGCCACUUCCACUAUGGAAGCCAAGUUCAUCUCUUGUUUUGAGGCUACUUCACAUGGUGCAUGA